GCGGGAAGCGGAAGCGGAAGCGGCGGCGCGUGGUGCCGGUUGGGCGGCGGAAGGGCCCGUCCCGGCGGCCACCGGCGCUCGGCCGCGCGGUAUGGCGGAAGCGGCGGCGGGGCGGGGCCCAGCGCCGGCCGAGGAGGGCGCGGAGCUGGCGGCCGUCAUCGGCGCCACCGUGCCCACCGGGUUCGAGCUGACGGCGGCCGAGGAGGUGCAGGAGAAGCUGGGCUCGGCCUCCAGGAUCAGCAAGGACCGCGGCAAGAUCUACUUCGAGGUCCCGGCGCGGGGCCUGCCGCAGGUCCACCGCCUGAGGUCAGUGGAUAACUUGUUUGUCGUUGUCCAGGAGUUCAAAGACUAUCAAUUUAAAGAAAACAAGGAAGAUGCUCUAAAGGAUUUGGAAGAUUUGGUUAAACAACUGCCUUGGACCAAUCCGUUGAAAGUUUGGGAGCUAAACAACAGCUUAAAAAAGAAAAAGACAAAGCGCAAAAAACAUAAUCUGCCGAGUACUGCAAGCAAAGAGAAGCUGAAUGAUGAUGGAGAACAGGAAGGAACAGAUCAAAAGGAUGCUGGUAAACAGGAGGACUGUGCCCAAAGCGCUGCCGGCCUACAACCCGCGAGCAGCCAGGAGACAGAAAAGGCAGAAGGAGUGGCAUCCCGAAACGGGGAGGAGGAGGAGGAGGAGAACGAACAGUCAGAGGCUAAAGACGAGUUGCAGGCGGGUUCUGGGGGCGCGCCCGAGGCUGGCGAGGGUAAGACAGGCGAAGGAGAGGUGAAGGUGCUGAAGUUCCGUGUUACCUGCAAUAGAGCCGGGGACAAGCACAGCUUCACGUCGAACGAGGCCGCAAGAGACUUCGGGGGAGCUGUGCAGGAGCACUUCCAGUGGAAAGCUGACAUGACUAACUUUGAUGUAGAGGUUCUUCUGAAUAUUCACAAUAAUGAAGUAGUUGUGGGUAUUGCAUUAACUGAAGAGAGUCUUCACAGAAGAAAUAUUACACAUUUUGGACCCACAACUCUUCGUUCAACUCUGGCUUAUGGCAUGCUUAGACUCUGUGAUCCACAGCCAACGGAUAUCAUAGUUGAUCCCAUGUGUGGCACAGGUGCAAUACCAAUAGAGGGAGCUACAGAAUGGCCUAGCUGCUACCAUAUUGCUGGUGAUAACAACCCACAAGCUGUAAAGAGAGCAGCAAACAACAUCUGCUCUUUACUAAAGAAAAAUGAGAAUAAGGAAAGCAGCACUUCCCUGGGUAUACCCUUAGACAUCAUUCAGUGGGAUAUCUGCAACCUCCCUUUGCGGACUGGUUCUGUGGACAUUAUUGUGACAGACAUGCCGUUUGGAAAGAGGAUAGGGUCAAAGAAGAAGAACUGGGACCUCUACCCGGCCUGCCUGAUGGAGAUGGGCCGGAUCUGCACACCGGGGACAGGCAGGGCUGUGCUGCUUACACAGGACAAGAAAUGCUUUGCCAAGGCCUUGUCACGAAUGGGACACAUCUGGCGCAAAGGUCAGACUGUAUGGGUGAACGUGGGGGGACUUCAUGCCGCAGUGUAUCUUCUGAAACGCACCUGGGAGAGAGCAGAAGAAAAAAGAUCAUUCUGGUAGCCUGCAUGGAAGAAAACAAGAGACACCUCCAGAAUUUGCUGAAUAGCAGUUGGGUAAAGCAGACACUGAAGAGCAUGGGUGUCUCAGUUCCUGAGGAAGAAAACCCAAACAACUUAUGUAGAAAUUGUGUAACGCAAAUAUUAAACCAGGGAUCAACUUGAGAGCUACCCGUUAUACUAACUGUUCUGAAGCUUUGUUAUUCAAAUGACCUCUUUCGUCCACGCCACCCAAACUGAAAUACAGUAGUGGAAUUAGUAAUGCUUUCCUUUGCAUUUUCCAUUGUAUUUUUCAGUUAAGUGGUUAUUUCCUCUGCUUAUAGUAGAAAACAUGUUGAGGCAGCUUUGGAGGUAACAGUUAAUUUACUUCCCAAACUGUAGAAAUUGUAUAUCUAUCUUUCAAAUAACUAACAGGACUACUAAGACUGUGAUCUUGAAGGGUUUAGAGGUAGUAUCUCUUUAAUGUAGGGUUUUCCCAAACUGAAGUUUUCUAACUUAUACCAUUGCCCAAAUGUAAACUAAGAUAGUAAACCAGUGGUUGUUUUUUAUGGUCUGCUAAGCAAACGCCAGUUAGUGAACAGUAUGCUGAUGCUACUGUUUUCCUUACCUGUUACCUCAACUUAGUGCUAGUUAUUAGUAAAUAUCUAACCCAUGUUUUAAUGUACCACUGCCAUGGGUGAGGGGGGUAAUACACACAGCCGUAGCAAACCGGCUGUAGUUACUACUUGAGAAUAGAGAUACUUUUGGCAAUUACAUUCAAAACUUCAUGUUUUCAGUGUCUGCUGUAAACACAUCAAGGUGACAAUAAAUUUAUUAGGUGAUUUAACUGCCAUAGUUACACCACAAUAUUUACAAAAAAUAUAUUACCUGUUGAAUAACUUGGUUUCAAAUACUUUUUUCUUCCGUGAAUGUACUGUGAUUUCUCAAGCCUCUUUUUGCUCAUCAGAAGCUGAAAACACUAGUUACCAGUUUGCCAUUUUCAUUAAAGUGUAUUCAUGCUAA